AUGAAAGGCUCUGCUGAUUAUAUUCUGCUUGGGCUGAGUGCCUCAAGCUUAGCCCUUGCUGGAGUUGUGCAAAGAGAUACCAUUAGCUUCCACGGACCUCUAGAUGUGACUGCUGGGUCAUUGCAUAACAUCCAUGUGGAGUUCAGUGACGAUUUCGAAGGUCCCCUCCAACUCGUAUAUGGCGACUGCAGCACACAGUAUCCAAGUGAAGGACACCAUGAGGUUGUCAGUUUGUUUGUGAAACGUGAGGCCCAGCCAAGUCGAUUUGUCUGGGUAACUCCUUCUGAUGCACCACACGAGCACUGUCUUCAUGCCUUCUCCGGAACAUCCUUGAUUGGUCGCUCUUUGCCUAUCACCGUGUCCUCAAAAAAGGCGAAACGUGAAAGUAUCGCCGAUGUGGCCGAUAUGGAGGGUCCCUGGUUUGACGGUGUUGCAUAUAUGAAGUCAAAGAAGAACAGCGACGCCUUUAUCACCAAGGCAAAGAGUACAUCUGUUGCCAUCCUUGGUGGCGGUAUGUCCGGAUUGAUGACAAGUUUGCUACUUGAAUCUGUCGGUAUACACGACUGGCAUAUCUAUGAAUCCUCAGAGCGAGUCGGUGGCCGCAUUCGCACUAAAUACCUCAACCACACUCGUCCAGAUCAGUAUCAAUACCAGGAGAUGGGACCCAUGCGUUUCCCUGUCAGUAUCACCUACCCCGAGACAAAUGAGACACUCGAAAUCAUGGAUCACCGCAUGGUCUUUCAGCUCGCAGGUGUUCUCAACGAAAUGAAUGCCGAAAGCCCCGAGCUUCAGGUCAACUUCAUUCCCUGGAUUGAGAACGGUGAAAACCUCCCUGCAGACUCGGGAGGUGUUCGACUCCCCGAUGGUCGAAUCCCCACAGUUGCUGAAGUAGCAGCAAACGCAUCUCUAGUCUACACAGCCGCCUCCUCUAACGCAACAGCUGUUGCAGAUGCGGAAGCCGCUUAUGAUGAUUACACAACACUUGACACCAAAGCUACAUUCCGGGAUAUUGCAACAAAUAUGUACAAGGCUCACAAAAAGGCUGUCGAAGAUGGCAUGUUCCACUGGUCUGAAGCUGGAUAUUUACGAUAUGCCCUCGGAUACAACGCGAACAUCACCGAUUAUGUCGCCGGUACAACAGACUUUCCAAUUUGGGGAGACUUCUACGACGAUGUCUAUUUCUCAGCAACAAAGUGGCGCACUAUCGAUAAAGGACUCGAGUCGCUUCCGCGUGCUUUCUUCCCCCAUGUCGCAGAGAAGUUGACUCUCAACCGCACCAUAUCCGGGCUGGUCUAUAAUGAGGAAUCAGGCAAAAUCUCCGUGGCGUGGCGCGAUGAUCCUCUAAAGAUGAAGCCCAUUACUAAGGAGUUUGACUACGCUGUAGUCGCAGUCCCAUUCAGCAAAGUCAGACUAUGGGAACUCCCACGCUACUCCUCCCUGCUCAGCCGAGCAAUCUCAACCCUCAACUACGACCCAGCAUGCAAAAUGGCCCUUCUUUACGAGUCCCGAUUCUGGGAACACAUGGAGAAUCCCAUCUUUGGCGGCUGUGGAUCGGUAGACGUUUCCGGCGUCGGAAGUGUUUGCUACCCUUCCUAUAACAUUAAUGGAACCGGACCUGGCGUUAUCCUGGCAUCUUAUAUUUCUAAUACCGAGGCUCGCUCUGUUGCUGCUCUUAGUCCCGAAGAGCACGUUUCUCUUGUUCAGCGCGCUAUGGUUGAGGUCCAUGGUCAGAUUGCGGCGGAUCAGUUUACCGGGAUUUAUGAUCGACAGUGCUGGGAAUUCGAUCAGCACAACGCCGGUGCUUGGUGUGAUCCGCUUGUUGGUCAGCAGGAGCUUUACCUUCCAGCUUAUUACCAGACGGAGAUGAAGACCAUCUUUAUUGGUGAGCAUACUAGUUACACGCAUGCUUGGAUCUUCUCCGCUUUGGACUCGGCGGUUCGGGGUACUACUCAGCUGUUGCUUGAUCUCGGAUUGGUGGAUGAGGCUAAAACUGUCGUGGAUACUUGGAUGGGCCGGUGGAUCACUCUGUGA